UACACACAGUGGCGGAGGACCCACUGCACUAACACGAGAUGGAAUAAAGAAUAUGUGUUCAGUUAUUUUAAUUAUGGCUAGCGGUGUGGAUACUGUUUAGUUCAAGAUACCGAGUAAAUAUUUUAUGCUCCGAAAACCUAAUUUUUAAUUGUGUCAGCAGUCUAGGCUGCAGAGAUGAAGGCCAAGAAAAAGAAGAGACAGGAUGAUUUCCAGAAGGUCAAGCUAAAAGUUGGAAAGAAGAAGCCCAAAGCCGACAACGCUACCAACACCAACUUCCGUUCAAAGGGAAUCCAUUUACCUGAACAGCUUAAGAGAGACACGAGUGGGCCCACAACACACAGGCAGCUCGGUAUCAAUGAACUGUUGUCUCAACUCCACCACUACAACGCCAACGUGAAACAUGGUGCCUUGUUGGGUUUGAGAGAGUUGCUGUCCAUCAAUCCAUCUGUGUUGGAGCAGCAUCUCUCACGCUUGCUCUCUGAAGUCGCAGCUGUGUUCACAGACAAAGACCGCAAUGUUCGUGUGGCAGCUACGCGUGUGCUCAGGUUCAUUGCGCAGUCUGUGCCUGCAGAACGUGUUGCACCGUUCUUCCCCCUCCUCAGCGCUCACUUGUCUUGUGCCAUGACCCACAUCGAGGCCAGUAUCCAGGAGGACGCCAUGAACGUUCUCGACGUGUUCCUGGAGCACUACCCUGCUCUGCUCGCUGCACGCCCCGCAGUGCUCCUCACGAACUUUCUAGAGAUGAUCUCUCACAAACAGAACAGUGGGGCUGCUAAAAGGGCUCAAGAUCCCAAGGGGCGAACCUGGGCGCUGUCAAUAAACCUCGACAGAGCUGUGACGAGCCAGCAGUGGCGGCUCUCUGUGCUUCUCAGGCUUGGUCGAUUUCUGCAGGCGGUCGUUGAGGAAAGACCGAUGGAUGACAGUGACUUGUCCGCCCGAACUGAAGGAGUAUUUGGAUCCAGCGGCGAGGGCCGGAUUACACCUGUGUAUCUCAACUGGGAAGACCUCAUCUACAGCAAAGUUGGAGUAAAGCUGUAUGAACAUUCUGGGGCCAAACCAACUCCUCGUUCCACCUUUAGGCUCAGACCUGAUGUGGAGCCAGGAACUGCAGUGAAGGAGGGUCUGGACUCAGCUGAGACUGUUCAAAGUUUUGCAGCCACACUUGUGCCUCUGCUGCUGGAAGUGUGGGUUGAAGCCAGCACCACUGAUUGCCCCUGGAAUAGCACAGAGGGCGCCCAUCUGCUUACUCCAGAUGCCAUGUCAGUGAUGUUCCAGGUCUUGUCUAUUCUGCAGCUACUAAGAAAACUGGCACCUUCGCAGGAGAACCAGGAUGCAUUGGAUGCCUGGUUCCGUAAAGAAUAUCUGGGAGAUUUUAAGCAGCACUUCAUGAAAAACUUCCCCUACAGUGCGCGGGACACACCCAGACAUAAAAAGAAAGUUGACCUCAAAAGGAGUAAGCAGACUGCAGCUGUUCCCAGUGUGACCGUGGAGCCUCUUGCCCUAAACAUCACACUUUGCCAGGUCAUGGUAUCCCUCAGCAAGAAGCAGGAAGGCAGUGGAGAGUCAGACGACGACUGGCUGACACCGCUGAGGGUCUUUGUCCAAGACACUCUGGGAAGUGGGAUUAAACUGAGCUACAGGCAGCUGCACAUGCUGCUGGGUACCGUGUGGAAGAUGGCGCUGACACAAAAGAGCAAAUCAGUGACAGAGGACCUGUUGGCAGCAGUUUAUAUCUACUACAAGCAGAGGAACCUCUCUCUACAGACACGAUCUCUGCUGCUGUCUUUCUACAGCAAGCUUUACCUGCAGGAGCAAGGACAUGCGCACAUUGCCAGGAGCAAGGUGCUGUGUCGUUGGUUGGCCUCUCUUCCUGUGCAGUUGUCCCAGCUGGGCCACCGUAACCCCACACUAUCGGCGCGGCUCAUCGUUUCCAUCCAGGCUGCAGCAUCUCGAGGCAACAAAGACCUGCUCAACAGUCUGCAGACACAUGCAUGCAGUCUCUAUGAUCCAGAGGAAGGAGUUGUGGUGCUGUUGCCAGCAGAGUCCCAGCAGCAGAUGGUGCAGCUGCUCUACUUCCUGCCCAAGAUGUCCCAGGCUCUUCUGGUCAAUCUGAGCUGCUGCUGCACUGCUGGAAGAAUCUCUGCCAGUCUCGCCGCCUCUCUGAUUCGUAUCAUACACCUUAGGUCCCCUCUGAGUGGCUGGUCGGUCGGGAGCCAGGAAGCAGCUCUGCAGGACGUGGACUACAUCAGCUUCCUGUUCUCCACUCUCACGGGCUUCUCGUCCGAAAAGCUCGACGCCCUGCAGGAGGCCGAGGACGACAGCACCCUGCCCCCCUCCCCUAUUUCACCUCUCAGCCUUUACCUCACUCCGCUGGAGCAGUUCACACACCACUGGGAUGUUGUCGAGGAAGUGUGCCACUGUCUGGAAACUCUGGGCUCAAAGUCUCAAUGCUUUGACAUCGUGCAAAAUGGCAUUUGCAGAUACCUGACCAAGCUUGAGGUGGUUCCAGACAGUUUGGCAGCCGGGCUGCUGAGAGCCGUGUCCAGAUUACUGGACCUGUCCGUCCUGCCGGUGGAUCUUGUGCUGCGUUUCUUGUCUAAGUGCUGCCUCAGCCUCCUGGCGCUGCUCAUCACCCUGCAGCAGGAGGCACCUGCUGAGACCAACCACAAAAGGGACGCAAUUUGGGGGGCGUGCGUGACAGCGCUGUGCACUGUCCCUCGCCUGCUGCGCAUUGUUCUGCAGUCGUUGCAUGUCGGCGAUCUGAACGAGGAGGAGCUGCCGCAGCUCGGACAGAUCCUCGCGAUGCUGCUGCAGCACACGCAGCUCCACAGCCAGCUGCUGGCCAACGCUGCUCUGCUGCAAGAGAUCAUACAGCACCUCACGAGGUACUCGCGGGGUGCGACCAGGGAGCAGUGGCUGACGGACUUGCUCUACUGUUACAGCGUCACAGUGGCUCACGGCUCUUCUGCGCACCGUGGAAAUCUGGGCCUUCGAGACAUGUACUAAUCUACGCACGCGAUAGACAAGUACCCGGUGUGUUGCUCAGUUCACCCUCUCCCAACACCUCACAGUUACAGUGACGCAACACAGCUCAGUCGCACCAAGUACAAAACUUUCACACUAAAAUACAGUGAGAACGUUUUUUUAAAAAAAUAUAUUAUUUUCAGUUUUUUCUUUAUCUUCAGCUGCCGCUUUCCAGUUCUGAGCAUGUAAUUGUUUGCUCUCUUUUUGCCUUCUUUUGGUGGUGUUUGGGUACCCCCCGACUUUGUAGAAAACAGUUUAUAACGACUAAAAGAAAAAAAAAAACAGAAUAAAGGCAAAAUGAAGUUCAAAA